ACUUCCGGAAGUGAACGGAUGACCGUGAACUAUUCAGGUCGGUCGACAUUUUGGUUAGCCUUUCUUAGCAAGUUAGCAAAAUAAACUGUCGUAUUUGGAGUGUCUGACAAAUAAACGCCUUUGUCACUUGCGUCACCCACAUUGCAGCUAUGUGGUAUGAAAUUCUUCCCGGUCUCGGAGUCAUGACUGUUUGUCUCAUCCUUCCUGGGGUUUUCACUGCACAGAUCCACAAACUCACCAACGGGGGGAAGGAAAAGAGAAUCGCUCGGGUUCCAUAUCAGUGGUAUCUGAUGGAGAGAGACAGACGUGUGUCAGGAGUGGAUUUGUAUUACAAAUCGAAGGGACUUGAGAAUAUCCACUGAUCCCAGAUCUCACCUAUGGAAUGGAUUUCUGUCAGAAUUCGUUGUACAAUAAAAGUUAUGUAUUGUCUGAAUUAA